AUGAAGAAAGUUUCAGCGGUUCGUUAUGGAAUUUCCGAAGAGGAUUUAGAAUUAUCGGAAGCGGAAGAAUUUAAUGGUUCUUGUGGAAAAUCGGAAAUAUUGAAUGGAUGCUAUGGUUCGGCGAAAUCGUUCAUAGAUUCUUUACAAAAUGCGCAAUUUUGCAAAAUGGAGAAUCUUAUUUCGACGAAAAAAAGUUUUGAUGAAAUUUUAAUCGAAAAGCAAAUGCGCGAAUUUGAUAAGAAAAAAGCGAUUUUUAUGAAAAGUUUUGUUCAUUUGCAAAAUACUCCAUCAGUUUUCGAAAAGAUUAAUAAAAUAAAAGAAAAUCGCGAUUUUAUUGAAUCAAUCCAUUAAAGUGGUACUGACGGUGAAAUUCUUUUUGAGACAUCGGAGUCAUCUUCUGCAAUAUCGAAUAAUAGUACCAGUGAUUUUAAUAAAUGUUCAAGUAUUGAUCACUUUAAUGUGGAUAAAAUUUCAAAUGAAAUUGCUGUCAGCAAUUUGCCACAUGUUAAUAAUAGUGCUGAAUGUAUUUCAUAUGUUGAUGUUUCCAAAUCUUUUUUUAUUGAACCAUUGGAUAACAGUGCAACCAAGAAACCAUACAGCUCCACGCCUUUAAAUAAAGUCAGUCACCUUCUCUUAGCAAGAACUGAUUCUCAUUUUAUUUCAAAAACAUCAACAGUUAAUUUCGAUUCCGAUGUGUCAUCGAUUAAAAUUGCAGAUAUUGAAAACGAAAAUACUUCAGAAAUUAUUGACAGGAAAACAGAAUUUUAUGAAUAUAGUCCAUUGCUAAUUUUCUGCACCAAUGUAUAUUCAAAAGAAAUGAUAGAAUAUUUUGAAAAUUUUGUCCAAAAUUUCGAAGAAAUGCCCAAGAAUUCAUCUCGUAUGGAAUUAAAACGUACGAUUAAUGAAAAAAUUGCGGUUGUAUCUAAAAAAUUGGCAACUGAUGAUGAAAUUAUGCGUGCAGUCAUGUAUUUUUCCAAUUUACUUUCCGGUUUGGCUGUUACCGGUUUUAAUGAUAAAAUAAUUAAUUUAUCAAAUGAUUCAACAGCAGUUCGUUGGGCGAUAUCGCAUAUUAUUUCUACUUUUAUUGAUAUUGUCUUGCAAGAUCAACUUGUUAUUCACGUUGUUUGCAAAAUUUUAGUAAAAAUUUCGAAUAAAUUCAAGGAAUUUGAAACCUUAUUAUGGAUGAAACUCAUAUUAUCAUCAUUAUUGCUCCGAAAAGAUUAUAAUUUAUGUACGAAAAUGGUGGAAUAUUUGCACAAACAGGGUGAGGAUGUUAGUGGAACGAUAAAUGCAUGGAAAACACGUGAAAUAGUUAUUAUCCGAUUAUUUGUCUUGCUAUUAAGCAGUAAAUCAUCUGUUGAUAACAGUUAUUGUUAUUCGUCGGCGCUUUGGAAUAUUACUGCUACCGCAGUUAACGAAAUAUCACCUUUUGCAUCAGCUAUAUUAAAUGAAAUCCUUCAACAUGGUUCUAAAUCGUUAAAAGAAAUUUAUGGUUCACAAUUCAACAAGAUAUUAAAAUUAGUCGAAAAGAAAGUGUUGCCAAGGUGGAAAGCUGAAACAGAUCGAACAUUUCACGAGAGUGUUGUUCGUCCUUUGUUUGAGCAUUUUACUUCUACAAUGUUGGAGAAAGAGGUUUAUUCCAUAAAUGGUAAUAAUUGGGUUGGUUCGAUGUUGGACUUAUUGGCAAAUGGUGAGAAUUAUAAUUCAGUCGAAAGUUUAAAACUGAACUAUGGCAAACGCACAAUUAAGAGAAUAUCCAGCUUUGGUGGAAUUUCGAUUUUGGUACUACAUCGGACUUCGGUAGGAUAUCCGAUUGGUUGUGUUCCAGAAUGUUAA